GCGCUUUGAAGGGACAGGACAUCAUCCGUGGCAUCAUGUGGGCCAAGAACAUUACGGGCAACUUUGCGAAUGUGAUCCACGGGUUGAAUCCAAGCCACCUGACCGACCGAGUCGUUCACAGGAGCAAACGGAUGAUUUUGGAUACUUUGGGAGUCGGUCUGGUGGGCACCAGAACUGACGUCUUCCAGAAGCUCAUCCAGUACAGCAAGAUUUACAGCUCGGAUUCAUCCAGUUCUGUCUGGGGAUGCUCAACGCUCAAGCUGCCUCCACUCUACGCAGCCUUGGUGAAUGGUGUGGCGAUACACUCCAUGGAUUUUGACGAUACAUGGCAUCCCACCACCCAUCCGUCGGGGCCAGUGUUGUCAUCCCUCAUGGCUGCUGCCGAAGGUGUGGCCGAAAAACAAAGGGUGUCUGGCUGCGACUUGCUCUUGGCUUUCAAUGUUGGGAUCGAGGUGCAAGGCAGACUGAUGACCUUCUCCAAGGAGGCCAGCAAUCUUCCUAAAAGGUUCCACCCGCCCUCCAUUCUUGGCACCAUGGGAAGCGCUGCAGCCACCGCAAAGCUCUUGGGCCUCGACCAACGCAAGUGCAAGGAAGCCCUGGCGGUAGCCGCCUCUUAUGCUGGUGCCCCACUGGCCAACGCAGCCACGCAGACCAAACCGCUUCACAUGGGCAACGCCAGCCGGCACGGUGUGGAAGCGGCUCUCCUAGCCUCUCUGGGCCUGCAAGCCAGCAAGCGGAUUCUGGACCUCGAGUCAGGCUUUGGGGCCUUUUACAUGGAUUACCUACCUCAGACAUUGCCCAGCCUCCAGUCCUACUCUUGGUUGCUGGACCAACAAGACGUGGCCUUCAAGAGCUUCCCGGCGCAUCUGGGGACACACUGGAUGGCCGAAGCUGCCCUGGCGGUAAGGAAGCAUCUUGCCCGGAGUGGGGAACCUCUGCCCACUACCCGCAUCAAGGCCAUCGUGCUUGAUGUCCCCAGUAUUAAAUAUGUCGAUCGGCCAUUUCCUUCUUCCGAACACGAAGCCAGGCACUCCUUUCAGUUUGCCGCCUGCGCAGCGCUGCUGGAUGGCUUCAUCUCAGUCGAAUCCUUCACGCCGCAGAGACUGUCCAGGCCGGAGUUGAAUGACCUCCUCCAAAAAACCAGCCUGGAGCAUUCUCCGGAUAACCUCCCCAGCUUCAACAGCCUUUACUGCGGAGUCAAAAUCAUCCUCCAGGAUGGAGACACCUGGGCAGAGCGUUGCGAAACCUUCUAUGGGCACUGGAGGAAGCCCCUGAGCCGCGAGGAUUUGGUGAAGAAGUUCCAUGCCAAUGCUGCUGCCGCGGUCUCCCCAGAAGUGGCCGAAAGCAUCGUGGACACGGUUGAUAAGCUGGAAUCCCUGGACGACUGCGGGGAGCUAUUCUCACUUCUUCGAGGAGCUGAGCUGACAAAAGAUUUGCGGCAACGCAAGAGGGAAACUUUGUGAGAUCUACCUGGUCCCAGAAGGACCUUCCUGGCCUGCACUUCAUGGUCAGCUAUGACCUAGCUUCAUUGAUUCCUGUCUAACCUUAGUACCUCGACUUACAACACUUCAUUUAGUGACACUUGAAAGUUACAACAGACUGAAAAAUGUGACAUGACAAU